GCGAGGGUUGGAUCCGGAAGUGGAUGGAUCGUGGGCGCAUCCUUGCCCUGGGUUUCCCACCAGCCCCGCAGCGUGCUGAACGAGCCCCCGUUUGCCAGAAAAGCCCCCCUCCUCCGGCGUCCCCAUCAGCUCCCGGCUGCGGUGGGCAGGGCCAGAGCAACGUGGCGCCGUCCAGCCCCAUCUGCUAACACACACACACAAACUUUUUUUGAGUCCUAGAGAGUUAAAAGGAAAACUUCGGAUCCUUCAUUCACCCUGACAUUCCGCCACGAUCCAAUCCGGUCUCGUCUCUUUCUUGGUCUGCCGGAGGUACAAUAUUCUGGCGAGGUAGGGGGGACUGCCCCAGCAUCCGGGAUGCGAAUUCCCGAUCCGGAUUCUGGAAGCCCAAUCGCCGCCUGGCCGGGGGCUGCGUAUCCUAGCGGAGCCCCUCGCAUCGGAAGGCGGGACGUGCCUCCCCUCGGCGCUCCGAUCGAUGGCUGGGAGACGCUGAACCGCUUCCUUUAGGGUCGGUUCCCGGAAACUCGCAGGGAUUUCUCUCUUCCUUUGCCUGCUCUACUGGAUCGGGCAACAAACUUCGGAGUUGAACUUUCUGUGCCUUUGCCAUCAUCGCCAUGGGACAAGGGCUGAUAAUUCUCCUGUUGUCUUCAACCGUCUCACUCCUUGGUGGGCUGAUCUUUGGGUAUGAGCUUGGAAUUAUCUCCGGGGCCUUGUUGCAGCUGCAAGUGGACUUUCAUCUUGGCUGCUUUGAACAAGAAGUCCUUGUGAGCUCUUUACUCAUUGGAGCUCUCCUAGCCUCUUUGGUUGGUGGAAUCUUCAUUGACCGACAGGGAAGACGGAAGGCAAUAUUGGUCAGCAAUGCAGUUUUGCUGUGUGGCACUCUCAUCAUGAUACUAACAGGGUCACUUAUUUGGCUGGUAUGUGGCCGCAUGACUGUAGGUUUUGCCAUUUCCUUGUCAUCAAUGGCCUGCUGCAUAUACGUCUCUGAAAUGGUGGCUGCCCAUCAGCGGGGUGUUCUGGUUUCCCUCUACGAAGCUGGCAUAACGGUGGGCAUUUUACUUUCAUAUGCACUGAAUUACCUGUUUGCAGACACCCACCAGGGAUGGCGAUACAUGUUUGGCCUUGUCAUUGGUCCAGCAGCCAUUCAAUUUCUCAGUGUCCUGUUCCUUCCAAAGACCUCUGUGAGUGUUAGUGUACGCUACAGCGAUAUUCACAAAAGCCUUAUCCGGCUCCAGAAGAAUGAAGAUGGUGAAGAUGUCAUGCCAACAGGCCUUCAGGAAAAGCAUUAUUCUUUUGCAGACCUUUUCAGAUCAAGGGACAACAUGAGAAGCCGGACUCUGGUUGGCCUAGGGUUGGUGCUCUUUCAGCAGUUCACCGGGCAGCCCAAUAUCCUUUGUUAUGCUUCUACAAUCUUCCGUUCUGUGGGAUUUCAGAGUGAUUCCUCUGCUGUCCUGGCUUCUGUUGGUCUCGGAGUGAUGAAGGUCAUUUCAACUGUUGUUGCCAUGGCUCUGGCAGAUAAAGCUGGCAGGAGAGCAUUGUUGAUGGCUGGAUGUAUGGUGAUGGCCUUCUCAGUGACUAUGAUCGGCCUGACCAGCUAUUCUACUCCCUUAGAGAUGGCUAAACAUUGUGAAUUGCUCACUGGAUCAAGCAACACUUCAUUGACCUCAGCAAACCUCCCCGUCAAGUCAGUGUCUCCCCAGCCAGUGGCAUCGGGUGCUAGUGAACUUCCAGCAAAAUCAACCUUUGUUAUCACAGAAACUGCCAGUGUGGCCAAAACAUUGGCCACUGUUAAAAAUGGGGCAAGAAUGACAACCACUCCUUCACACACUGAACAGACCCACUUUCUUAAUCAGUCAGUUGAAAGAAAUGAACACGGUACCUUCACAUCUGUUGAUGAGGCUCCUUUGAAGAAACAUAUGCUUCUAAAUUGGAUUACGUUACUAAGCCUGAUGGCUUUUGUGAGUGCAUUCUCAAUUGGCUUUGGACCAAUGACCUGGCUUGUCCUCAGUGAGAUCUAUCCUGCCAGCAUACGAGGAAGAGCCUUUGCCUUCUGCAACAGUUUCAACUGGGCUGCCAACCUGUUGAUCAGUCUCACGUUCCUUGACCUCAUUGAUGCCAUAGGCAUAUCAUGGAUAUUCCUUCUCUAUGGCCUGGUGGGAGUGAUAGCCGUCUUGUUUAUUUACCUUUUUGUACCAGAAACCAAAGGACAAUCUUUAGAAGAAAUAGACCAGCAGUUCUCAAAGAAGCGUUUGCUACAGAGAAGCCCCUUCUGGCAGAACCUUUGGAACAGAAGGCCGAUCCACACACGUUCUCAGUACCAAAGAGUAGACCAUUCUAGUGCCUCCUGAGAUCAGAGCUGUGAGUGUUCUUACUUGUAUGAAGAAGAAGCGCUACCAGCAUAUCAGGAUGCAUUCUUCCGCUGUGAUGGAAGAGUUGGGCUGUCUUGCACAAAGGAAGAGUCCUGGACUGUUCUGUGAAAUCUCAGAGUUCAUGUGGGUCACAGCAUAAUUUCCCUACUUUAAAUAUCUGUGUUCUGUUAUACACCGAAUUGAGCAUCUUGGUCUUUAAGAAAGACUCUUCUUAACUGCAUGCUUUUAUAGCCUUGUGUCUGUUAAGAAGAGCCAUAGAUGAUGUUCUCCCAUGUAUUCACAAAUACUUUUUUAAAAACAAAAGGGAAAAAAGCAUUUGAUGAAUAAAGUAUAGACUUU